AAUUAGUAAUAAGAAUUUCACAUCUCAAUACGUUCAGCACUAUUAAUUUGACAUAAUAUUUUAUGACAUUCCAUUACACUGUUCAAAGUUGGGGGAAAUCAUAAAAAAUAUUAUGAGGAAUAAAUUGAAAAAGAUUAACUAAAAAACUUAUUCCCGUCACAAUGUUCAGACGCUCCCGUUUUUUUCUCACAAAAGCUUUGCCCCUGCGAAGUGUAGGAUUAACUGAAUAUCAAAAUAAUGCACGAGUGUUGUACGGUAUUACAACGGCACGAAGUCGUUCUACGACUCCACUCAAUACCAUUAUUAUGUUUGUUCCGCAGCAAGAAUCAUGGAUUGUAGAGCGUAUGGGUAAAUUCCAUAGAAUACUUGAGCCAGGUUUAAAUUUAUUGUGGCCUAUUUUGGACAAAAUAAAAUAUGUGCAAAGUCUCAAAGAAAUAGCAAUUGAUGUGCCCAAGCAGAGUGCCAUCACAUCAGACAAUGUGUCAUUGAGUAUUGAUGGUGUGCUGUAUUUGCGAAUUGUGGAUCCAUAUUUAGCCUCCUAUGGUGUUGAAGAUCCAGAAUUUGCCAUCACUCAACUUGCUCAAACCACUAUGCGUUCUGAAAUAGGUCAAAUCUCAUUGGACAAAGUAUUCCGGGAGCGAGAGUCUCUAAAUGUCUCCAUUGUUGAAGCCAUAAAUAAAGCUAGUGCUGCUUGGGGUAUCACAUGUUUGAGAUAUGAAAUUCGUGACAUAAAACUGCCAACAAGAGUACACGAAGCCAUGCAGAUGCAGGUGGAGGCUGAGCGUCGAAAACGGGCGGCUAUCUUAGAGUCGGAGGGUGUUCGCGCCGCCGACAUCAAUGUUGCUGAGGGCAAGCGUCAAGCGAGGAUAUUAGCAUCAGAGGCUGAAAAGCAAGAGCAGAUAAACAAAGCCACUGGUGAGGCGCACGCGAUGCUCGCGGUGGCGGACGCGCGCGCUCGCGGCCUGAAACUCAUUGCCAGCGCUCUUGCUGAUAGGGACAGCAAGCAUGCCGCAUCUCUCACUCUGGCGGAACAAUACGUGGCAGCAUUUAACAAGUUGGCUCGAACAAAUAACACACUUAUAUUGCCUGCUAAUGCAGGAGAUGUGUCCAAUUUAGUAGCCCAGGCUAUGUCGAUAUACUCUACAGUGUCGGCACACAACAUACAAGCGGCGCAAAAUCAAAAUGAAAACUCGGAUAAUUCUCUAGCGUAUGAUGAUAACCUAGUCAAGCUCAGUGCACUAACUGAAAAAGGUUCGACAAUAGCCGGCCAGGCGGUGCCGCGUGAAGAUGAUAGUUUAGCCGAAUACUUCUCAGACGAUGAAGAAAGGGAAAAAGCAUUAGAAGCACAAAAAGAGAAAAAAGACCAGCAAUUAAGUAAGAAUACAAAAAAUAGUUAAGUUUACUGCCUGUUAUUAAAUAAAAUUAUAACUUGUUCUGACGCAUUUUUUGAAAUGACAAAA